AUGGCUGCCUUUGGGUUGGAAGAUUUCCUGAAUGAGACUGGAUGCAAGCUUAUCUUCUUGCACAGAGUGGCCAGAGGGGUUACCCUCAGCACCACUUGUCUAUUCAGUUGCUUCCAAGCCAUUACAGUUUCCUCCAUUUUCUCAGGUUUGAUGGAGAGGAAAACAGAAUCCCCAAAGUAUCUUGGAUUUUGCUGUUUUCUCUGCUGGAUUCUCAGUGUCCUGAUAAAUAUCCAUAUUAUACUGAAUGUAACAGGACCAAAGAACAGCAGGAACAUGAGUGUAGCAAUCAUGUACAGAUACUGCUACACUCCUGUGGCUAACGGGCUGACAUUCACACUGUUAGCAGCCAUGUACUUCCCUACUGAUUCAACGUUCUUGAGUCUCACGUUCUGGGCCAGCAGCUCCAUGGUCCUGCUGUUGUACAGACACAGACAGCGUGUCAGGAACAUUCACACCAGCUGCACUGUGCUGACCCUGGUGAGUACGUUCAUCUCCUUUUAUAUCCUGGCUGGCAUUUUGUCAUUGUGGUGUUCUGGAGGAACAGUGGUUGGCCCCAGUGGUAUGGCACGUGGUAAAAGUGACUGGAGCAGACCCACAGUGCCUGGAGCUGCAGAAGGCUUGCACUCCUCUGGUAAGCGGGUGGUGUGA